AUGACUUGCGGAGGCCAGCCGAUGUGUCAAGAUGAAAGGCUUGGUGAGGAACAGGGCGGCCUUGAACCUCCGAUCUUUGGUGCCGACAGCGGAACCACCCACCGACUGGGCUACACUCGCCCCUACCAAAUAUUAAACGCAAGAAAUCAGGAACCACAUGGUCAAAGCCAAUCGCUAUAUACAGUGAUCCUAAAAGGAGGUCCACACUGCCGUCAGUGGUGGGGGGAUGCUACACGGGACCUCGCCGCACAAAUUUGCAGUGGAAAGCAUUGA